AUGGCUACCUCCAGUGGCGAAGUCAGCCUGACAAGUGACCUAGGGCGGAACAGUACCAGUGAAAAAGUGCAACGCGCCACGAAAGGCGCGCGUGUAGGCUCGCUGGCCGCCGGUGCCCAGCGCUCCGGGCCUCCGGCCGCUCCACCCCACGCCCCCGCCGGCACCGGCCGCCUCCACCCUCCGUCCACCGGCCGCUGCCCCACGCCCCCGCCGGCUGCCUCCACCUCCGUCCACCGGUCGAGGCAGGCUGCAAGCGGCCAGGCGCACGGCCGGCGGGAGGCGCCGCUGCCGAGGGCCGAGGCGGGCUGCGGGUGCGCCGCGCGCGCGGCCGGCGGGAGGUGCUGUCGCCGAGGGCCGCCCGAGGCGGCCUGCAGCGGUGCACGAGACGGCCGGACGGUCGGACGGGGCGACGGCCGGGACGGCCGGACGGGGCGACGGCCGACGGUCGGCCAGGCGGCGGGCGCAAAGGCCAAAGGACGAGGCAACGAGCUGCGGCAGGCGCAGGCGAGCGGGGGCCGGGGGUGCGAUCGCGUCGCGCGGCUGGCUUGGGCGGCUGGCCAAGCGGCCACCAAACCCCACGCAAACCCUAGGCUGCGCCGGGCUGAAGCCUGA